AGAGAGAGAGAGAGAGAGAGAGAGAGAGAGAGAGAGAGAGAGAGUUUAGUCUUGUUCCAUAUGUGGAAAAAAAGCAUAGUACUGCACACACGAGCCUGUCUGCUCCAGGGAUUAUCUAACAGCUUUUGAAUCUGAUGUGGAAAUGCAGGCAUGAGUAGGAACACGUUUUUUAGAGUCCCAAUGUGAGCAGAGGCCAGCGAUGGACUACAGCCGUACAGACGCUAACCUGGGUUUCUCCGCAGAACUGUUACCAUAAUCGAGACCAGAUCCGCAGAAUGCUGAGUCCCAUUGUUCCCUAUAGCCUAUUGAAGAUGCACUGGAACCCGGAGCAUGCCCAGCCCUUGAGCCAGUGGCCUGAGCAGCAUUUGGACGUGUCUUCCACCACCUCAUCCCCUGCCCACAAGUCUGAGCUCUACCCCAGCCGCGGCCGUGGCUCCUACAGCUAUGCCUGGGCAAAUGACGACAUCUCAGCCCUUACUGCCUCCAACCUGCUGAAGCGCUACGCUGAGAAAUACUCAGGCAUGCUAGACUCACCAUAUGAACGCCCAGCUGUGGGCGCAUACCCUGAGGCUGGAGCCUUUGGGCCUCUCAACGGAGGCCAGAAAAGCGAAUUGGAACCUUGGCCUCUUACGCACAGCACUGAUGGGGCAUAUUCCUUAGUGCCUCCUUCAUCUCAUGAUGGUCUGUCUGGGCCAAAGGUGGUUCCCACAUCAGCAGGCCCACCAGGCUCUGGCAAUGUGUCAGCUGUUAACAGUAACCUUUCAGACUCAGGCUACAGUGGGAGCAGCUCCUGCAGUGGGCCCCAUUCCAGUGACUACCCCCCCAGUUACAACGGCACCUACCUCUCAUCAGCGUACUGUCCCCAACCCAGUUCAGCACUUCCACCAACCUCGUUACAUGCCCUUCAGCCUAACCCCACACUUCUCCCCAGUUACACACCUUCUGCGCCUGUGUAUAACUACCCCCCUAGCACCUACCCUCACCAGACUAGCCUUGCUCCUAGCUACACCCACCCAACAGCCCCUUACAUCCCCUCGGGUAUAGCUGCCCCCUCUCCACUACCAUCAAGACCCACAGUGGUUGGUGGCAGCUAUGGCUAUCAGAACAGCAGUCUAGGGGGCUCAGAGCCUGGGGGCUCUCUGAAGAGAAAAGCAUUUGAGAUGACCCUGGAUGAGGAAGAUGGAGAUAGUUCACGCAAUAGGAAGUAUAGCUAUGACCCCAUGAAAGCUGGGGGAGAUUCUCCAUAUGGGGUUACUGAUAAAGCUGAGUGCCGUGGAAAUGGCUUUGGAACGGCCAGCACAGAUCCUCAAACCUUUAAGCCUAGUAAACCUUCAUCUCAGUCAAGCCUCGAAGGAGACGAAGUUGAAAAGUACACUGGGCUAAAGCCCUUGGUUUCACCAACAUAUGGAGCCGCAGGGGACUACAGCCCCCCAGCAGCCAUGACUGGGGAGAACAGAGGUGCAGAGCAGGGCUUCUCCCAACAUCGUUCUCAGAAGUGCUCAGAUCCUAUGAAAAGCAUGGAGCCCCAAAUGCUGGAGCUAGUAAGCCGAGAACUGCAGGAUUGCAGUCCAGCUUUGCUUUGGAGUGAACUGGCUGGGAACUGUCACAUCAAAGCAGCACUGGAGGAGGACCUGCUGUGGCCUGUCCUGCGACCCAACCCUGCCAUCCGCCCACCCAGAACCGUCCUGCUGUUUGGCCCUCAAGGAGGGGGAAAAACCACACUGGCACGAUCCAUGGCAUCUCAACUGGGUGCUACCUUCUAUAGGCUGAGUGGUGCAACUUUGGCCUCUAAAUUGAAAGGAGAGGCAGAGCAACUAUUGAUCACCCUGUUCUCGGUGGCAACGGCCCGACAACCUUCAGUGGUGCUGCUCAGUGAGGUGGAGUCCGUUGAAGAGGAAGGUCUCAGACAGCAACUGCAGGCCCAGCUUGAGAAGAUCCAACAUGGUCAGAGCAGCCUGGUUCUGGUGGUAUGCACCACAAGACGGCCUGAUUUGAUCAAAGAUCCCCUUCUGCGCUGCUUCUCCAAGCGUUAUCAUAUAGGCCUGCCAGAUGCGAGCACACGCAGGCACGUGCUUCUGCAGGCACUGGUGCCCCAAGGCUGCAGUCUGGGUGAAAGGGAGAUGUCAGCAGUACUGCAGCGUUCAGAAGGCUUCUCUGUCUGGGAGCUGCUGCAGCUCUGCCAGCAGGCUCUGGCAUCAGCUUCUGCCUCGGCACCCGUGCCCUUGCACGGCCUCCCUGCAUCCCUUUCUUCCCCUACUCUUCAAGACUUUGAAAAUGCUUUCUGCAAGGUACGUCCUCACAGCACCUCCAAAGAUCUGGACACUUGUAUGGAGUGGAGCAAGGUUUAUAGCCACUGAGAACCUAGUCAACCACUGGUUGGAGACUGCUACAAUUGUUUUUAAAUACUUGUUGCAGCCAAAAGAGUGGAACUCGUUGAGAAAUUACAGUUUAUGAAUGGGAGGCAUUUUGGAUUUAAUGCAUUUAAUCUAGGGAACAUGCCAUUGUGUGUUGUUUUUCUAUAAAUAUACAUAUACUUUAUUUUUUUCCCAAAGAAAUGAAAUAUUAGGCCUUUCUUGAAGGGGCAUUUAUUAGUUGCUUGGCUUAUCUGAUAGAAUAUCUGAAUUAUAUUUUGGAAUUUCACUGGAAUUCCAAUUAGCCUUGAUCCUGGAAUAAACCUGGAGGUUAUAGAUCACUUGACUUUUUCCUGAAAAAAUACCCCCAUAGAUUGCAACUCUCAGGAUCCUAUUUAUUGCCAGUCCACUCCAGUGGUGUUGUAUCUUUUGCGUUGAUUUACUUAGAUCAUUUGGUGUUCAAGGGCUUAGGAUUUAUCAAAACUACUCUGUUUUUACCAAAAAUGCUCAACAACAUUAUAUUGUCCAAGUUACAGCAUUCACCAAAAGGUAUUUACUGUUAUGCAACCUCUUGGGAAAGAAAGCAACAGUGUUUUGCAAAAUUGAUUGUUAGGCCGCGGUCAUAUCUUGUGCACUUUGUCAAAAUGGUCAUUUUACCAAAAGAGUAUGCGUUGCUACCCAAAAAGUAUUAAAUUGCUAAUCCAUAAAAAGUCAGAUAAUAGAAAGAGACAGACUUUUACUGUUGGUAGUGGCACACUUCUUUCAGAACACUUUAAUAAAGGUACCGUAAUACGUUUCCAAAUACAAUAUCAUGUAAACAACCCAUCACAUUCCUCACAAUCUUGUGAGAGCCUUUGCUCUGGACCCUCAAACACACACAAAAAAGCAAGGGUCCAUGAAUGACUAUUUCUCUCUUCUGCUUUACUCAGUUUAUUUUAUUAGUAUAUGUAGUCUUGUUUGAAAAUACUCAGGAAGAAUUUCUUUACCUCAGAAAUGAUAACUAAAGAAUGUAUGUAAUCUUAGGGUCUUAGUAGUAGGCAUUGAGGUUGGAGGUGAGCAACAGACCUGGCACAGACAUGUAUACACACUGCAUCUGUGCUGUUACCUCUUAGGUGAAACUUGAAAAUGCUACCAAGACAAAUAAUGAAUGUAAUUCAGGUAUUUCAGAGAAUAUCUGAUGCCAUAAAUCCAUGUUUUAACUCUAUAUGAAAACAUUUUCCCUUAUCCUAACCCUUUAUUUUUGAUGUAGAUUUUUGAUGGAGUGAUGAUUGUCUUCAUGACGUGUUAGAUGGCAAACCAGAUGUUUGAUUUUGUUGGACAAACUGUUUUUAGAGACCAAGGUACAUAGGCCGUUUUUGAAGGACACUGACAUAUACUAUGUAAGUCCUUGAAGAGCAAGAAAACAAUACAAAGAACAACAACCCAAAGAUCAGAAUCAGAUUGUUUUUUAUAUAAUUGAUAGCUAAUCAUGUCUAAUCAUAAAUUGUGUUAUUUGUAUACAUGUGUAAUGUAUACAAAAUUGUAAACAUGCUCAUCAAAUAGACAAUCCAGAUGGAGCAGCCUCUACCAAUGUUUAAAUAUUUUUUAGCUUUUUUGUCUAUGAGGUACACAAAAGCUAGAGCUAUCAAAUGUCUUCAAAUCACCACUGCUGAAGAAACUGAGACUGAGUUCAUUUAUAUUGUCUGUAGAAUGGCUUUUGUGGAUUGUUGAAUUUCGAUCAGCUGUGACAUGACAUAGCCUCUGAUCACUCCUUUACCCCCAGCCCACCCAUUUUAACACAAUGGGUUGUCCCUUGGUUGUUGGUCCUGUACAGCCUUGUGAUGAGCUGAUUUCCCACCCCCCGUUCCUCUAUAUCCCCACAGCCUUUUGGAGAAGCCAUAUUCUGAUUGAUGUCCAGUAACCCUAUAGCACUGUUCGGCUCUUCAAGUACAGCUGGUGGCUUCACUCAUGCCAUACAGGUCAAUCAGAAUGACCCCAGGAGCACAUAUUGAUCAGUGCCGAAGAGACAGAAAACUACAGAACCUGGCAGACUCAGGGACAGCACACAAAUGCAUCAUCUU